AUGGAGAGUGGAGAGGAGCUGAUGGGUGGCAAUGAGGAGAGGAUCUAUGUGUCGGUGAGGCUAAGGCCUUUGAAUGGGAAGGAAAUUUUGAGGAAUGAUGUUUCAGAUUGGGAAUGUGUCAAUGAUAAGACCAUUGUGUACAAGAAUGUUGGGUUAUCUCCUUCUGAGAAAUCUAUGUAUCCUAGUGCUUACACGUUUGACAGAGUUUUCAGGAGUGAUUGCUCCACUAGAGAAGUGUACGAAAAAGGAGCUAAGGACGUGGCAAUUUCAGUAGUCAAUGGAAUGAAUUCAAGUGUUUUUGCAUAUGGACAAACGAGCAGUGGAAAGACAUUCACGAUGACUGGAAUAACUGAGUUUGCAGUAGCUGACAUAUAUGAUUACAUACAAAAGCACCCAGAAAGAGAUUUUGUGUUGAAAUUCUCGGCUAUGGAGAUCUACAAUGAAUCUGUUAGGGACCUCUUAAGUAGAGGAACCAUAGUUGAGAAGCUUACCGAGGAAAUUUUGAAGGACUGGAAUCAUGUGAUUCACCUCCUUUCCAUAUGUGAAGCUCAAAGACAAAUUGGAGAAACAUCCCUUAAUGAAAUGAGCUCCAGAUCUCACCAGAUUAUUAGACUGGCAGGGACAAUGCAAGCACUCUUACAGCUACUGUGCAAAAACCGAAACGGGCACAUUCCGUACAGAGACUCCAAGCUGACCAGAAUUCUACAUUCGUCUUUGGGAGGGAAUGCGAAAACUGCCAUUAUUUGCACGAUGAGCCCUGCAAGAAGCCACGUGGAGCAAUCGAGGAACACUCUCCUUUUCGCCAGCUGUGCAAAGGAGGUGACAACUAAUGCUCGGGUUAAUGUAGUUAUGUCUGAUAAAGCUCUGGUGAAGUAUUUGCAGAGAGAGCUAGCGAGGCUAGAGAGCGAGCUUAGGAGCCCCCGGUUGAGUUUUUCACCUUCCGAUUAUUCGGCUAUACUCAGAGAGAAAGACCGUCAAAUUGAGAAGCUCGAGGAGGAAAAUAAUGACCUUAUUCUGCAAAGAGACAUUGCUCAAUCCCAAGUUAAGGAUUUACUACGAAUAUUGGGCAACGAUACCAAUUCAGCACCACAGGUGGGAUUUGACGACUAUCCUCACUUGCGAGUACACAAGUCACCAGAAAACGAACUUAGGGCAUCAUCCAUUUUGUCCGACCCUCACUCUUUAGACAUUGACACGCGAACAUGUUCCGGUGGCCACAGCAGGUCAAGUUCAUCGGGCCAAAUCGUAAAAGUCCCAUAUUUCGAGGAUGACUUUGCAAACGCCACUGCAUCUCCAAGACUCUUAACCUCAACCUCUAGCGAGAGGUAUUCAUAUCACGGUUGGGAGGACAUUGAAAAACAAAGCAAUGGGACAUCAUCCGAGGAUCUUUGUCGUGAAGUUCGCUGCGUAGAGACUCAAGGGUCUAGCGAAAAGAGUGAUAAGGAAUUCACUUCAUUAUUAUGUCCUGAAGAAAACACAGGUUUUCCCGAAGUAGAAGAAGAGGGGCAAAAUUUUGAAUCCCCAUUAAGCCCCUCUUUAGACAAAGAUCAAGUUUUUCAGUCAACACCUGUGGAGAAAGGCGAUGAAAUAACUGUAUCCUCAAAUGGGUUCGGAGAAAAGGAGUCUUUUUAUGAGGAAGGGAAAGAAAAUAGUUCGACUGCUCGUUUUCCUGAUGAUCCAUCUAUAAAAAAUCCAUCUUUUUCAACUCCUGAGCAGGUUAAAGACUCAUUGCCCAUAAAUCCAAUGCUGCCGAGUUUGACUAAAAGUAGAAGCUGCAAAGCGAGUAUAACCGACUCGAGUUCCCCGUGGCUCAAAACAAUCGAAUUUAGUGAGAACUCAUCAUCGUUUAUCGAGUCCAGAAGAGAAAAUGUGGGUUUCGAGAAGAAACUGUCUCCAUUGAGCUUUGAAUCAGAUGCGAAAUGUUUAUUGAGAAAAGAUUCUCAGUCAUCCCCAAGAAACACACUUGACAUCGAGGUUGAUGAUAGCCCGAAUGUGAAAUGUUCGAAUACAGAGGUGGUUUUUGAGAGCACUAAUGAUGAGAUGGAUAUGAAUGAGCUCUCAGUCGAGCAUGUGUUCGUAAAGAAUCCGUCAAACGAGACUCUGAAAAUCGACGAGCCCCCUAAGAAGAAUGUGAAGGAUGUGGGGUUAGAUCCAAUCGAGGACGAACCAAAAGAUCUUUCAACGUGGCCCACAGAGUUCAAGAGGCUCCAGCAAGAAAUAAUCGAACUCUGGCACGAUUGCCACGUGUCACUCGUGCACAGGACUUACUUCUUCAUGCUAUUUCAAGGUGACCCCUCGGAUGCCAUAUAUAUGGAGGUGGAGAUUAGGAGAAUGAAAUUCUUGAAGAAGAAAUUCUCUCAAGGAGAUAAAACGACCGUGAAUGGCAAAUGUCUUACACUGGCUUCAAGUGAGAAGUCCCUUCGUGAGGAGAGACGAAUGCUGAGUCAGCGAAUGUUGAGGAAGCUCUCGGAGCAAGAAAGAGAAAGCCUCUUUCUCAAGUGGGGCAUUGGCUUGAACACUAAGCUAAGGAGGCUACAAUUGGCCCACCGCUUGUGGACCAAAACAGACGAUAUUGACCACAUUUCGGACAGUGCAUAUCUUGUUGCAAAGCUGUUCGGCACUGUUGAGCCCGAUCAAACUCACAAUAAAGAAAUGUUCGGGCUUAAUUUCACACCUCGGUACUCGACUAGAACGUAUAGUUUGAGAAGAAGCUUGAUAUCUUUCUUGUGAUAUUACUUUUUUUUUUUUUUGGANCAUAUUAUUGUGAUUUUUUUUAUUUAUUUUUUUUUCUUUGGGAUUGUAGAAAAUGUAGGCUUUUAUGUUGUUUUUUUUGUAAGUGUUUGGUGUUGAGUUAGUAUUGAUUUGGUAUCUUCUUUCUAGUGUGUAUAGAAAGACGGGGAGCUUGAGAUAACAGAGUAUGAAGACAUUGGUUGUAUUUUCUUUUCUGUCUCACU